AUGUCCAAGUCCAUCGUCAACACUACCCCUUAUCCCUUCCAGUUCUCCGCUCCAACUCUAGAGAAGUCUGGCAAGCCCGGCCAAAUUGAAGAUGUGUCUGGUACAUUGAAGAAUGUCCGAGGUAAGAUUCCGUCGAUCCAGGCAUCGGCCCUUCGCACCAUGAUGCUUGAGGCCCACCGGGAUCCGACCAAAAUUCUUGCCCACUGCUGCAGUUACGAUGGUCUCUCCUCGCGCCUAGUCGAAGAGGCAGGUUUCCCAAUGGUGUUCCUCGCUGGAUAUCCCGUGUCGAGUGCCUACGGUCUUCCUGACACUGGCUACAUUGCGAUGGCGGAGAUGUGCGACAAGAUCCAAGAGGCUGUCCGACAGGUUUCCGUUCCUGUUAUGGCCGAUGGAGACACCGGUUACGGCAGCCCUCUCAACGUCAAGAGGACAGUGGAGAGCUACGCUCUUGCCGGCGCCGCUGGAGUUAUGAUUGAGGAUCAAACGUGGCCGAAGCGCUGCGGCCACACCAAGGGAAAGUCUGUUGUGUCUCGAGGUGAGGCAUAUGCUCGCAUUCAAGCAGCUUGCGACGCCCGUGACCAAGGCAGGGAUAUCUUUGUUCUUGCCCGAACAGAUGCCUUGAUUCAUGGGUGGGAGGAGGCUCUCAGCCGUGCCAAGGAGUUCAAGCGGAUCGGCGUUGAUGCCGUGUUCGUCGAAGCCCUUCCUGAUCGCGAAUCUAUGCGUCGUUGCGUCGAGGAAGUUGGCAUUCCUACCUUUGCGAACAUCAUUGAGGGUGGCAAGACCGAGAAUCUGUCAGCAAAGGAUCUUGCUGAGCUGGGUUUCUGCGCUGUCGCUUACCCCUGGACGCUCGUUGCUGCGAAGCUCAAGAGUAUUCGCGAAACAUUGGAGGAGCUGAAGAAGAGUAUGACUGUCGGAAAGCCGCCAUUGAUUCUUUCCUAUAGCGAGGUCUGUGAAGGUGUCGGCUUCAACAAGUACUGGGAUUUGGAGGACAGAUACAAGUUCAAGGAGGAUGGUUUGGUCAACGACCCUGCGAACGGUAGUGCUUGA